AUGGAGGGUGAAGAGGAGGAGGAGGAAGAAGAUGAGUUGUUGGAGAGGUCGUGUUUGAUCUCAGACCCGUUUGGAGGGUUUGGGAUUUAGGGUUUUGGAUUUCAAAAGAAAAUGGUUGUUCGUUCUUUUUAAUUAUAUAUAUUUUGUCUUGUCUGUUUGUCUGUCUUUGAUUCGGGAAUGUGAUCCCACAACUUUCAAAAAAGGGUAUUAUGUCCCUUAGUAUGUUAAUGGAACUUUUUUUCUUAUUAUUGAAUCGUCGUCUUUCUCUCUACAUAUCGCUCUCUCUCUAUAUACCUAUCUCUCUCUCUCUCUCUCUCUCUCUCUCUCUCUCUCUACGCCCUAAUCCUUAAGGAAAUUUCUCUCGACGCCCUAAUCCUCCUCGCCGGAAAAAAAUUGCGCCCUAGAUCAGACCUAGGUCAGGAGAUAAAAGAGAUGUGAGAUCCAAGGUUAUUAUGGCGCCCGGAGAUAAGAAAUUAAUCAAGAAACAUCUCUGGAUCGAGUUAUCAGCAUGUACAAAGAGACAUACACAGGAAGCAUAUUGAUUGCUGUUAACCCGUUCAGAAGACUUCCACAUCUGUACAGUAGCCAUAUGAUGACUCAAUAUAAAGGUGCCUCCCUUGGUGAGCUGAGUCCACAUCCUUUUGCUGUUGCAGAUGCUGCUUAUAGACAGAUGGUUAACGAAGGAGUAAGCCAAUCUAUCCUGGUUAGUGGUGAAAGUGGGGCUGGUAAAACUGAAAGCACAAAGUCGCUUAUGCAAUAUCUUGCUUACAUGGGAGGGAGAGCUGGUGCUUCUGAGGGAAGGAGUGUUGAGCAGAAAGUUUUGGAGUCGAAUCCUGUUUUAGAGGCAUUUGGAAAUGCAAAGACUGUUAAAAACAACAAUUCCAGUCGAUUUGGUAAGUUCGUGGAGAUUCAGUUUGACCAAUCAGGGAGGAUAUCUGGAGCUGCUAUAAGAACUUAUUUGCUGGAAAGAUCGCGUGUUUGCCAGCUGUCUGAUCCUGAAAGAAACUACCACUGUUUCUACAUGCUUUGUGCUGCACCUGAAGAAGAUGUUAAGAAGUUCAAGCUUGGUGAGCCGAAGACAUAUCACUAUCUCAAUCAAUCCAAGUGUCUUGCAUUGGAGAGUAUAAACGACGCUGAGGAAUAUCAUGCGACAAGAAAGGCUAUGGAUGUCGUUGGGAUCAAUUCUGAAGAGCAGGAUGCAAUUUUCCGCGUUGUAGCUUCUAUUCUGCAUCUGGGGAAUAUUGAAUUUGGUAAAGGAAAAGAGAUUGAUUCAUCAGUCCCUAAAGAUGAAAAGUCUUGGUUUCAUCUGAAAACUGCCGCUGAGCUUCUCAUGUGUGAUGCAAAGUCACUUGAGGAUUCUCUAUGCAAACGUAUCAUGGCAACCCGUGAUGAAACCAUCACAAAAGAUCUCGAUCCAGAAGCUGCUACUCUUAGCAGAGAUGCUUUGGCUAAAGUCAUGUACUCAAGACUGUUUGACUGGCUCGUUGAGAAGAUUAACAGUUCAAUUGGUCAAGAUCCUGAAUCGAAGUACUUGAUCGGUGUUCUUGAUAUUUAUGGAUUCGAGAGUUUCAAGACAAACAGUUUUGAGCAAUUUUGCAUCAAUUUGACUAAUGAGAAACUUCAACAGCACUUUAAUCAGCAUGUGUUUAAAAUGGAGCAAGAGGAGUAUAAGAAGGAAGCGAUCGACUGGAGCUAUAUUGAGUUUGUGGACAAUCAAGAUAUCUUGGACCUAAUAGAAAAGAAACCUGGAGGUAUUAUAGCUCUUCUAGAUGAAGCUUGCAUGUUUCCUAGAUCAACACACGAGACAUUUGCUCAGAAGCUAUACCAGACAUACAAAAACCACAAACGCUUUACCAAGCCGAAACUGGCUCGCAGUGACUUCACAAUUUGUCACUAUGCUGGUGAUGUCACUUACCAGACAGAACUAUUCCUAGACAAGAACAAGGAUUAUGUUAUUCUGCCAUUCCAAACUGUUGUCUACGAAAGAUACCGUAUAUGCUUCAUAUAACGGGCUUUUUUAUUUCCUUUUGUCUCCACUGUGUCAGCUUAACAUGUACUAAACCCCAUUGCUUAUUUGCAGCAACAACUGGUAUCAUUGCUUGAGAUUCUCAAUACAACGGAGCCACAUUAUAUCCGAUGUAUAAAGCCUAAUAAUCUAUUGAAGCCUGGAAUCUUUGAGAACAAAAAUGUUCUCCAGCAAUUACGUUGUGGGGGAGUCAUGGAAGCUAUUCGGAUUAGUUGUGCUGGCUAUCCUACUAGGAAGCACUUUGGCGAGUUCUUGAAUAGAUUUAGUAUCAUUUCUCCACAAGUGUUGGACAAGAAUUCUGAUGAACCAGCUGGUUGCAAGAAACUUCUUGAUAAGGCAGGAAUUGAAGGAUAUCAAAUUGGUAAGACAAAGGUUUUCCUUAGGGCCGGACAAAUGGCAGAUUUGGAUACUAAAAGAACUGAAAUCCUGGGAAGAUCAGCUAGUAUUAUCCAGAGAAAAGUACGAUCAUAUCUUGCCAAAAAAGCUUUUAUGCAGCUACGUAGUUCUGCUACUCAGAUCCAGGCUGUUUGCAGAGGGACUCACUGUUAAAGAUAUGGAAGAGCUUCGCGAUGAUAUCAAAAUGUAUCUGGAUUCAGAUCGGGCAUCUCCAACACGCGUACAGUAUUGGGAGGCGCUUAUUGUGGUAUGCGAGUGGGAGCGGGAUGCCUUGGAUCGAGCUAGAGUUAGAGGGAAGGAGCCUCCUGCAGAGUUUCUAGCUCAAGAGAGGGGACUACACGCUGGUGUUGAAGCUGACGUGAGAAAACUUCUUGAUGGGAAGACCCUCUCGGAGCUUCUAGAGAACUACAGCUGGACAUUGAGUCCCAGCUGCGUUUUUUGAGUCAGCGAAAGUAAGUAGUAGAGUAUUUGGGACCGGUUCUAAAACGCCUACAAAGCAAAGGUAGGUGUUAUAUUACGAGCAAUGAGAUUCGACAACUCCACAAGGAUUUACCCUCUGAGGAAGAAAUCAAGGAGUAUAUAUAUGGCUACAAAAGGCUCAGAAGAAGGCAUUCAUUACGUGCAGCAAAGAAACUGAAGACUCAGUCAGUGUCUGGCUACUCCAAUGAUUCAAAUCCAUUUGGGGAUUCCAACCUCACUGAGGUGUUUGUGUGGCGGAAAAAGGAGGAAGAGUUCCAUUUCGAUCAAAAGCAAGGUCAGAUCAGAGGUCAGACUGCGUGAAGCUCAGUGAACCUUACAUGGUUCUCAAGGGACUCACUGUUAAAGAUAUGGAAGAGCUUUGCGAUGAAGAAGAACAAUCCUUGCGUUCUAUCAAGUCCAAGGGGAACUCCCUAGUGGUUCCUCUAGGGAAACUACAGUUUGCCAUAUGUAGAAACAGGGCCUUGCUCAUGAAGUUCCUUUGUGAUUGUAUGGAACCUCCAGUGCCUUGUGAGGAUUUUAGGAGCACUGAAACAUGAUUGUAUCGUGGAGCUAUACAGACAUGAGUUAUCUUCUAAGUGGAUAACCUCAGAAGAUGGAAACGAACCUAGACGCAUAUUGCAAUCUGCUAUUGGAUUGGAUUUGGACGGUGAGGAAUCUUUGGAUUUGGACGGGUGAAGAAUCUUUAACUGUGUAAAGCGCGCCUUUGGAAAAUUGUUUCAAACAAAGAAGAGCAGAAGAAGAUAGAGGUCUUUUGUCAUUUUUGUUCACACAGUUAAAAUAGCUCAACGAGUAACAACAUCUAAGAGAAGUGAUGAGAUUCGACAAACAUUUGUUUUCUUUUUCUUUCAAUAUCCUAAAUUUUGUAACAAAAGGUUUCACAUUUCUUCAAAAACCAAACGUCCAUGAGCUGAU